UCGCGCCCCAGUCAGUCCCCGGCCACGCCAGCGAGACGCAGACCAGCCAGCCCUUGCUCUCGCCUCGCUCGCCUACGAAGUUCACUCAUCGAGGCAGAUUGAGUAGUUUUCGCUGCAUUCCCAGUUUCGUUCUUCUCGGUGACGAUUAGCUGCAGGCAACAGACUUCCGUGCAUCUACGCCCCGAGCACAGCCUCGCCACGGCCCGCGGCUCCUGAGGGAGCGCCGCACCGCGCCGGGGUGGGGUGGGGCUGGGCGGGGCGGGGCGGCGCCCCCGUGGUUGGUGAUAACUAAUCCUCGCUCAGGCGAGCGGCCACAGUGGCACCAUGGACCCCGGCAGGAUCUUCCAGAUCAUCACCAACAGCACGCUGCUCGCCACGCGCCUGGUGUCUGGUCCCGGCGCCUCGUCACUGGAGUUCUCCGAGUCACGUUACUGCGCCGCCCUUCCCGAGGACACGCCCCAGGCCGCCACUGUGCUCACCGUCACCGCUACGCACGCUAAAGGCGCCGAGGUGCGGUACAGCAUCACGGGGGGCAACAGGGACGGCCUCUUCACCAUCGACCAACACACGGGCACCAUCACUCUGGCCGCCGCCCUGGACUUCGAGAUCAACAAUAAGCACGACCUGGUGGUGGCGGCGGAGGGCGGCGGCGAGACGACCCACGUGAAGGUGAGGGUGCGGGUCAACGACGUGAACGACAACUCGCCUUACUUCGUGGAGCCGCUGCCCGAGGUGGUUGUGGUGGAGGAGGACGACCGACACCUGCCACACACUAUUGCCACGGUGUCGGCGCAGGACAGUGACUGGCUGGACCACCACGGGCUACUGUACACCGUGCGGGGGGACGGCGUGGACGGUCUCGAUCCCGCCGACGCCUUCUUCACUGUCAACUCACUCACCGGGGACCUUAUUCAGCUGAGGCCUCUGGACCGCGACCCCCCUCGAGGCAAGGCGGUGUGGAGGGUUCGAGUCCAGGUCAGGGACGGCCAGGCGCUAUGGAGCCGCCAAGCGAUGCACCGACACCUCGCCUCUCAGCCCAAGAAGCUCGGGAAGGGAGCGAUAAAGAGCAGUAGGCCGAGAGGGAAGAGGGAGGCACGACUGGAGCCCUCAACGUCCCAUUCCCAGUCAGAGGAGAGAGGAAAAGAGACGGUAGAUGGGACUUUAUUCAUAGGCAAGAAAGAGGUAAGAGUAGAGCCAUCAGCGUCCCUUUCUUUGCCCGCUUCCCAGUCUAUAAAGGGAGGAUCUGGGAAUCUAGUGGGCAAGACUGGCAAAAAAGCGGCUAGAUCGGACCCAACUACAUAUCUUCCCCAGCCAAAAGAAGGUAGUAAACGAAAGGGCAGCUUGCCAACGGUCACAAGAGGAGAGAGGUCUGACUCCAAACCGUCUCGUUCCUCGUCCUCCUCCUCCGGCAAGAAUCUACAAAAGGAACCUCAGCCACGAAGUAAACGAGAGACUUCACCUAAGCCUCAAUCGUCCUUCAAGAAGUUACAAAGGGACACCAGAUUCGAGGCGAAGAGAGUAACACGACCGGAAUCGAAGACGCAACGCUCCCACUAUUACUUUCAAUCCCAUUCCCAAUCCAAUUUCCUCACCCAGUUACAGCCCCAUUACCUCUCACUCUCCCAGCCCCAGUAUCUCUCCCUCCCUCAGUCCCUCACGGCAGCUGCCGCGCAUACCCAAGUUAAGUCACGUCCGCCAGAUGGAGUCGAUGCGAAAGGGCGAGUGGCAGUUGGGAGAAGAGGAAGUUCGCUGGCCGAUGGACGCAAUGCUGUACAAAUGAUAGGAAGAAGCGAGAGAAGUGUGAAAAAUGCUACCCGGACCGAGCCAAAUCCAGAGCCAGAACGAGGAGGCUGCAGCAGCGGCGGCUCUUCUCUGAAAUCGCUUCCCCCCGCUGCCACAAAAAAGAGAAUGUUGGUGAAGCACGAGCGAGUCGCCGACAGCCAAUCUGAGGAAAAGAUAUAUUUGGCAAACACAAGGAAGCGCGAAGAUCAGUCCUCGGGCGCUGACGACCCCGUAGGGACCAGAAACACGACCCUGGAGGCAAACAGUCAAACGGGCUCUCAUGUCGCUAUCUCGGGAGAAAGAUGUGGCGGCGGCCAGCACCUCCGCGCCUCCGGCCCACAGGAAAUCGCCGAGGCGCAACGGAAACGACGAAACACCUCCUUAAAUUCUAAUCUUGAACUGUGGAGGAAGACUGAGAAGGAGGGGGUAGAAGACGAAGAAGACGAUGAAGAAUAUGAAGAAGAGAAUAAGGUAGCAGAGGACAUAACAGACACACACGAAUCCACAAUUCCAGCACCCACCCACGCCACCACAAAGACCCAUCCGAGCGACCUCUAUCUGAACCAUAACAUUUUCACGCCUCUCGUAAACCAGAUAGAGAGCAGAACACGAGAACGAGAUAGCGUAAAGACCCUAAACGACGAGCAGACACGAACACGGACACGGACAGUGGUUCAUUCCGCCUCACAUCACCAACUCCACCAUCACCACCACCACCACCAUCACCAACGCCUUAUGACCGAGCUUAUUGGAUCCAUAACUUCGUCCUCCUCCUCCUCACCACCACCAUCAUCACCAGCACCAGUACCCGAGUCUGCCUCAAACCAAGACACGAUCUCAAACUCAAGACACUCCUACCAAGAACACGCCAAAAACCUCGUCCGUAGAAGUGCAGAGAGGGACGAAUUAAAAACCCCUGGCCGGAGGAAUUCAGGAGAUGGAGACAGCUUACGAAGACCCAAAGAGAAGGAUGAAAAGGAGAACGCUGCAGAUGAGGUUAAUGAGGAAUAUAACGAGAAACAGGAGGAGGAGGAAUGGAUAAAAGCCUGUGGGGGUGAAGGAGAGGGAGACGGGGAGGGCCCAGCGGGAAGGCGUCUGGGCGGUGGAAGUCUGCACAGUCUUGGGAGCUCCCGGGUACACGUGGCCGAGACGGUGGUGACGCUGAGGCUGCAGGACGUGAACGACAACCCGCCCGUGUUCCCCAACGCCACCAUGUACGGGCAGGUGCAGGAGAACGGGCCCAUAGAUCUGUCCGUGGCGGUGGUGGCAGCAUGGGACGCGGACGACACCUCGGAGGGCACGAACGCCAAGGUCACGUACUCGAUACAGAAGAAUGUGAUGCACGAGCGCACGGGGGAGCCCAUCUUCUCGCUGCACCCCGAGACCGGCCUUGUGCGCACGUCCGUCUGCUGCCUCGACAGGGAGACCACGCCAGAGUACCAGAUACAAGUUGUGGCUACGGACGGCGGCGGUCUGCAGGGCACGGGCCAGGUCGUGGUGCGCCUGGUGGACGUGAAUGACAACUCGCCGCGCCUGGAGCAGCGGCUGUGGGAGGUGGAGCUGGACGAGACGUGGGGCAAUGGGCCGCCCGACGACGCAUCGCUGCUGGAGAUAUCCGUCGUGGACCCUGACACCUCGAACUACUUCUUCUACAGGGUGGUGGAGUCGAGCGGGUGGGGGUGGCAGCACUUCGGCCUGCGGACAGAGGGCGCUACGGGGCACCUCCACGCCAUACAGACGCUGGACUACGAGGACGAGACGCACCGACGAGGCUUCAAGUUCAUGGUGCAGGUCACAGACAGGGGUCGCGGGGGCUGGCUGGAUCCGCGACACCUCGACUCUGCCUGGAUAUCGGUGCGGCUGCGGGACCUGAACGACAACCCGCCGCUCUUCCACCGCUCCCACGCCCACGUCACGGUACGGGAAGACGCUCCACCGGGCACCCUCCUAGCCGCCCUGCCCGCCCGUGACCCGGACAUGGGCGGGAAGCAGGAGGUGGACUACCGAGUGGAGGGGGGGUGGGGGGCCCUGACAGUGGACGCAAAGGGAGGAGUCACCUUGCAAGACGCCCUGGACCGCGAGGGGCCGGGGGGAACCAUCGGGGUGGCCAAGAUCCUGGGGGUGGACAGGGGGCAACCACCGCUCACCGCCACCGCCACCCUCACCAUCACCCUCACCGACAUCAACGACACGCCUCCCUUCCUCCUGCCGCCCACCGUCUUCCACGUGACCGAGGGCGACGCCCCAACGCGCCUCGGCACCCUCACCGCCACGGACCAGGACGUGUGGGCGCUGGGACACGGCCCGCCCUUCACCCUGUCCCUCGCCCCCUCCAACCCCGCCCACGUCCACGCCCACAUCACUCUCAAGUUUGAUCCGCACCUGGACAGCGGGCGAGGCGGGGCAGAGCUGUGGACCGCCGCCGCUGUGGACCGCGAGCAACAUCCCGAGUUGCUGGUGGCCGUGCGUGUGGCCGACGCCGGGGGUCUGGCAGCCACGCACACCGUCACCGUUGUUAUUGACGACAUAAACGACAACCCCAUGAAGCCCGCCGCCAAGACUGUAUACCUGUGGAAAACUCAGGGUGGCGGCGGGGCUGAGGCGCCUUUGGGACGGGUGUUCGUGGAGGACCCGGACGACUGGGACCUCGGGGACAAGACCUUCAGGUGGUUGGGUCAGCCGCACCCGUUCUUCACCCUCAACACCCACACCGGGGACCUCCUCGCCUCCAGCCAGGUCCGCGAGGGAAGGUACGACCUCCACUUCACCGUGAGUGACCAGCUCUGGGGGCAGGUGGGGGUGGCGGCCAACGUGACGGUGGCGGUGAGGCUGCUUGACCCCGAAGCCCUGGCCCAUGCAGCACACGUCACUCUCACGCCCACCACGCCUGAGAAACUCGCCAAGGGUUGGACUCCACACGGGGGCGGCGGCGUGCUAGGGCGGGUGGUGGAGGGAGUGUCUCGGGUGGUGGACAGCGCCGUACGUGACGUGGAGGUGAUCAGCGUUCAAGGCCACACCCGCACACCAGCCAGCGCCGCAACACCCGGGCCCCGGCGAGAGCGCGAGUCACCGGCGGCCAGCGUGUGGGUGAGCGUGAAGGACGGACAAGGCAGCCGCAUGGAUCCUGUCAAGUUACAAGGUCUUUUGGCUCUCCAUGCCCACCAGCUGGAGGCGGCGACCAACCUCACAGUGCUGACGGAGACGCUGCCGGAGGAGGAGGAAGGAGGUAGAGGAGAAUCCAGAGUGGAAGGGUUACAGCAGCCCUCAUAUCGCCUGGACCAGGAAGACCAUCCCGUGCCGCUUCCAAACAGCCACCCCGACCCCUCCUCCGCCGCCUCCACCACGCUGCCACUGCAGGUGGUGGACACGAAUGUGACGUCCCUCGUCACUCCACGCCUCACCCGCGCGAUUGAGUGCCACGCCCACGAGCCUCACACCUGCACAUCCUCCUCCUGCCUCAACGGCGGCCACUGCGUCGGACCCAGCACGGAGAAAAGAUGUGUGUGUCCAGGAGGCACGUGGGGCCGCAGCUGCAAGGUGCUUGGCCGCUCCUUUGCUGGUGACGGCUGGGCGUGGGUGAGGCCACUGCCGCCCUGCCUGCCGCUCACCCUGUCCCUCCGCCUCCUCACCCGCCGCCCACAUGCUCUUGUCUUGUACAUCGGACCACUGGCGCCCCUGCCCCGCGGCCCACACGAUCCAUCCACGCCCAUGCUGGCCGUGCAGCUGUGGCGGGGGCGACCGCAGCUGCUGGUGGAGGGCGGGUCGGAGCCUGUGAAGCUAGAGGUUCCUACCAAAGUGAACGACGGUGACUGGCACGACCUGCACAUCCGCCUCACGCCUCAGGGCGUGGCGGCCACGGUGGACCUGUGUGGCCGCGGCUGGAGCAACACAACCUUCGACGACUCCCACUGCGCGGCGCGGGCGUCGUGGAGCAGCGCGGGUCACCUCAAGGACUGGAUAUCAUUGUGGCCCCUGCAGGUUGGCGGCUUGGCGCACCUUGCCCCGAGCCACGUGCACCACGGCUGGCAGGAGGCGCCGUCGCCGCGUCCGUUAGACGGCUGCGUCUCGCACCUCGCCUUCAAUAGUCAGCUGGUGGACCUGGGCGAGCCCGCCUACAGCAAGGGCAGCCACAAAGGGUGCCGACCGCAGGAGGACGCCUGCCCGGGCACGUGUGGGUACCGGGGGCACUGCGUGGGAGGCUUUCACCACCCACGAUGUGAGUGUGACCCGGGGUGGAUGGGACCCGCCUGUGACGCACCUACGGUGCCCGCUACGCUGGGGCCGUCUUCCUACGCCAAGCUGGCCUUAUCCUCCACCCCAGAGCCAUACGUGGUUAUGGCGCAGCUGCGGCUGAGGACGAGGAGUGUGCUGAACGGGCCGCUGCUACAUCUUGCCGCCGUACAGCCCCCCGCCUCCUUCACCCUCCAUUUGCGUGCGGGCGUUGCGUGUGUCACGGUGUCCGGAGCGGGCUGGGCGGCCUCCACCGUCUGCGUGGAGGGCUACCCGUUAGGGGACGGGGCCUGGCACACUGUGGCAGCAGAGCGUUACGGGCACAGUCUGGUGAUUACGGUGGACGACGGUGACGGGUGGCGCCGCAACCAGUCUCUGGUGACCCUCGAGUCGAUGGACGGCGCACCUGGGCCGCCUCCGCCCCUGGAGGUGGGGAUGAAUCAGGGUGCGGUGGUAGGCUUGUUGCAGGAGACCGUGGCGGACAUCACUCAGGGUGACUUGCAGGACGACCUCCAUAAAUUGUGUCUGGACGACCUGCGGGUGUCCGGUCAGCCCCUACCGCUGCCGCCUACCCUCAACACCACCACGUGGGGCCAAGUGUCAUCCUGGAGGGGCCUCGAGGCCGGCUGCACUGCCCCUGACGCCUGCCUCAACCACACCUGCGCCGCGCCGCUCACCUGUGUCUCCACCAUGGGCGUGGCCGCUUGCAGGUGUGGGCUGGGGCGGCGGCUGACGAGCGGUGCGUGCGAGGACGUGGACGAGUGCUUGUGGCGGCCGUGUCUGCACGGCGGCUCGUGCUACAACCUGCGGCCUGGCUUUCUGUGUGUGUGCGGGCCGGGCCACACCGGGGAACACUGCCAGUGGACAGACCCGGCGGCAUCAGGGCACCACCUCGCAGCACCCCUCGCCCUUGCCUUCCUCACGCUUUCCCUCCUUCUUCUGGUGGUGGUGGGCGUGGGCAUGUCACUGCGGCUGAGGCGAUGCAGGCAGUGUCGUAACGGCUGUGGGGGCGGGCAGCACAGCGAUGAUGGAGACGAGGGCGGGACUGUGCUAGAGGAGCCGAAGGGGAAGGCACGAGGCACGGAUGGCGAGGGUGACUGGGAGGGCAGCCAGGCCUUCCUUGAGUGUGUGAAGGUGCAGGUUCCCCAAACUCCGUCCAGUCCACAGCCCCCAGGGGCGGCGACCAACACCAAGGGAAGCCCCAAGUCGGACCACUUCGCCCCUUGCAGUCACUCGCCCGCAGGGGGAGAGAAGGUGCGAGGGGGUGAGCUCAUUGUCCUCCCCGCACAGGAUGACCUACGAGCCUAUGCCUACGAGGGUGACGGGUCGUCGGCAGGGUCGUUGUCGUCUGCUUUGUCAGGUCUGCGGGAGGAACAGACGGAGGAAGUGGACAGACACGUAGCCCCGGGGUUUCUGGAGGUGAUGGACUUGUUGAGAAACCUUCCAGAGGCCAUUAGAUCACCUCUCUUACUUUCCAAAACCACCACGCCAACUGCCACUACAACCACCACCAGCCAAAGGGGAAGUAAGCCAGCGCGGGAGGAGGGGAAGCAGGACCAGUGGCAGGAGAAGAAGCAGGAACAAAAGAAGCAGGAGCAGAAGAAACAGGACAAGCAGGAGACGAGAGGAGCAGUGUACACGAUAGCGGGGAGGACGGUGGUUGGGGUGAGUGGAGUGCCGAAGGGUCAAGGACAGACUGCUGGGACUUCAACUCUUUGUCGCGCGGAUGAAAAGAAAACGGCGUGCUGAGACAGAAGAAUGUGAAGUGGCGACACGGAACAUUCUCAUUCAUUCAUUACUCAUUCUAACCUCCUCACCGACCUACCUACCUACCUACCUACCUUCGGCCCAUCCACUACCAUUUCCCUUCUCACUACUUCAUCCAUACACACUAAAAGGGACGCGAGUGCAAGGUCUUCGUUGAGUGAGAUGAUGCGGGAAGAAAAGUUUUGCUGAAAUACGAUGAGGUAGGAAAGUGUGCGGGCGUGUGUGUGUCUCGUGUUCUGUUUUCCAAUGGCGGGGCGUGUUCUCAGGCCAUCCCAACAGCACAAAAACAGUGAAAAUGAAGAGUUCUGCGCCAUUAUGUCUGUGCCUAAAAAUAGUUAAUGUGGAAUGGAAAGGACCUGCAUGUGAUCUAUUUAUUUUUAGUGCUCUCUCUCUCUCUCUCUCUCUCUCUCUCUCUCUCUCUCUCUCUCUCUCUCUCUCUCUCUCUCUC